AUGGCAUCUUCAAGACCCGUCAAACUCAUGUCCUUACCUUCACCACUGCUUCUAGUUCUUGUACUCAUGCUCACAUCUCUAGCCAAGGCUCAAAGGCUUACCGAAACCAUCACGGAGUUCUACUUGCAAGACUUAGCCUCCGGUUCUAACGCCACCGUUAUCCCCAUCACCGGCAUUAAAAACAAGCCUUUGUCCUUCACCUCAUUCGGCACCAUUUUCGCUCUUGAUGAUCCAAUCACAGUAACCCCGGACAAAAGCUCGACUGAAAUUGGUCGAGCUCAAGGCAUCAUGGUGGCCUCGUCACUGUCCGGCUCUAAUGUCCAUGUUUCAAUGUCGUUUGCUUUUAGCAAUGGUAGCAGCCUCGAGAUACAAGGCACCAGCCGUCAGUUCGAGAGGUACAAGGAGCUCUCUGUGGUUUCAGGGACCGGAAACUUCAGAUAUGCGAGGGGCUAUGCUACCUUGGAGAGCAUUUAUUAUGACAAUAGAACUUCCUACUCUAUCAUACGGUGCACCACUAGGAUCAUUCUGUCCUGA